AUUGAAUCUAUAAAUUUCAUUGCAUUGGAACGCGUCAUGACUAGUGACGGCCAAAUGGAUGUUGACUCUACGUCGUCGCUUGACAAGGGUAAAGGAAAGGCUAAGGUUGCAGAGAGAUAUGAUCCGCACGAGGAUGAUAAUUUGCCCUGGGUAGAGAAAUAUCGACCAGUCACACUGGACGAUGUGGUUUCACACAAGGAUAUUACAACGACAAUUGUGAAAUUCAUUGACAAGAACCGCUUGCCUCACCUUCUAUUCUACGGUCCACCUGGAACCGGGAAGACGUCCACAAUCCUUGCGGUGGCGAGACGAAUUUAUGGAGCAGAAUACAAGAAACAGAUACUGGAGCUUAAUGCAUCGGAUGACAGAGGUAUAGAUGUAGUGCGCGAACAGAUCAAGCAAUUUGCGGAGACCCGAACAUUGUUUUCGAAAGGCUUCAAGCUCAUCAUCCUCGAUGAAGCCGACAUGAUGACGCAGCAAGCUCAAGCUGCACUACGUCGUGUCAUUGAACAAUACACUAAGAAUGUGCGGUUUUGCAUAAUCUGCAAUUACGUGAACAAGAUCGCUCCAGCAAUUCAGAGUCGAUGUACGAGAUUCCGUUUUUCGCCACUGCCAAUUGCAGAGGUGGAGAAGCGCGUGAAUUGUGUCGUGGAAGCUGAGAAGGUAAAUCUGACUCAGGACGGCAAAAAGGCCCUUUUAAAACUCUCGAAAGGAGACAUGCGGCGAGCUCUUAAUGUCCUACAAGCAUGUCACGCAGCAUAUAGCUCUAUCGGAGAGACUGAAAUUUAUAACUGCACCGGAAACCCUCACCCGUCAGAUAUUGAAACCAUCGUAAACUCCAUGCUUUCCGAUGAAUUCACCACUUCUUACCAAAUGAUCUCGGCCAUGAAAACAGAACGUGGACUCGCACUGCAAGACUUGAUAUCGGGUACAUACGAAUACGUGGAAACGAUUGAAUUCAAGCCGCAGGCCCGAGUAUAUUUACUUGACUUCCUAGCUACCACCGAGCAUAGAUUAUCGACUGGCGGAAGUGAGAAGAUGCAACUAUCUGCUCUACUUGGAGCGUUCAAGAAUGCUGUGGAGCUUUCUGCGAAGUGAUACAUCGUAUAAUUGAAGCACCUGAUAAUAACUUUCUGCAAGGUUUAUUUUCCGUAGUGUUUCACAGUUGUAGUACCCUCCAAACUCUGAAAUUGCUGCUAAUACGGCGUUCACAAUCCGUCGGGUCACAUACUUACGAGUUCGAGGGGGCUGUUUGAAUCGCAAUUUCUGCUGGCUAUUUGUCAUUGUCAGUAACUUGUCACUUGGACUCCGAGUUGGAAUAAAU